UAUGACAAAACAAGUGGCCGUUCAAGUGAUUCGAUCAUAAACGACAGCUCCUCUCGCUGCAAGUGGCGUCCACUAUCAGGAGAACCAUUCACAAACGGAACACAGGAGCUUGCUGCUGCUACUGCUGCUACUAACGGUGCGAUUGGCGGUAACAUUCAAAACGGAAUCUCCUGAACGACCCGGGAGGGGAGAGGUGAAAUCAGACGAAAAGGAGAAGAGAAAAAAAGGCUCGGCACCUUAUCGCGACCACCACCUUCGACGUCGGCUUCUUGAGUAAGGACUGCUGGCGAACCGCAGCAGUCAGUCAGUGUGAAGCCAUUGAACGGAUCGGUCGAAGAGCAGCUCUUAGCCUUACCCGUACCAGCAGCGAGAGCCAUCGUGGCACUUGGCAUCCAGGAUGGUGAAACUAAUUUCAGAGAACCCGCAGGGUCAGUUCUCGAUCGAGGACUAUACCGUGUUUACGAUCAUGCUCGGUGUGUCCACUGCCAUCGGGGUAUACUUUGGAUUUUUCCAACGCAAGACAAACCAAACGACCGAGGAGUAUCUGCUGGGCGGGCGGAAGAUGAAAACGUUUCCGAUCGCGAUUUCACUGAUCGCCAGCCAGCUCUCCGGCGUGUCAAUAAUGUCAGUUCCGGCGGAAAUGUACUCGUACGGAGCGCAGUACUGGAUCAUUGCGCCAACAAUGCUGAUUAUCACGCUGAUCAUCAACUACAUCUUCGUGCCGGUGUUCUACAACAACCAGAUCACCAACUGCUACCAGUAUCUGGAGGAUCGCUUCAGCCCGUCGGUUAAGAAGUUCGUCACGUUUACCUACGUGCUGAAUAUCUAUCUGGUGCUGCCGAUCUUCAUCUUCAUACCGGCCCUGGCGUUCUCGCAGGUCAGCGAUAUCAACAUUCACGUUAUCAAUGGCAUCGUGUGUGGUGUUUGCAUCUUCUACACGAUGCUCGGUGGCAUUAAGGCGGUCGUGUGGACGGAUGUGGUGCAGGGCAUGAUCAUGUUCGCGUCCUGUUUUCUGGUGGUGAUCAUUGGUGUGAUCAAGAUUGGGGGGCUAUCGGCUGUGUUUGAGCGGGCAGCGGCAGGUGAUCGAUUGGAAAUUUUCGACCUAACAUUGGACGCUACGACACGGCAGACGUUCUGGACAUCCAGUGUUGGCAACAUAUUCCUCUGGACCGGCUACCUGGGGCUGAGCCAGAGCUGCGUACAGCGAAUCGUAGCCGUACCGAGCAUGAACCAUGCUCGAUCAGCUCUUUGGAUUUUCUGCGUCGGUUUCUUCAUCAUAACAUCGCUGAACUGCUUCACGGGCAUCGUUAUGUUUGCAAAGUACUUCGAUUGCGAUCCGAUCAAGGUUGGGCUGGUGCAGAAGGCCGACAAACUGUUGCCAUUUUUCGUUCAGGAUGUGGUCGGUAAUCUAAAGGGCAUGCCUGGGGUGUUUAUCUCCUGUGUUUUCAGUGCCGGUUUAAGCACGAUGUCGGCCAAUCUCAACUCCCUGGCGGGGCUGGUUUACGAGGAUUACAUUCGCCCGUACAAACUGUUUAAGCACACGGAUGCAUCAGCGAAUCUCACGAUGAAGGUGCUCAUUUUGGUCAGCGGUGUGUACUGCAUUGCGAUGGGUCUGAUCGUGGAACAGUUCGGGCAUCUGCUGCAGAUGGUGGUAACGAUCGCGAGCGUGACGCAGGGUGCGGUCAUGGGUAUAUUCUGUCUCGGAAUGCUGUGGCCAUGGGCCAACAAACACGGUGCCCUGUGGGGAUCGGCUUCGAGCGUUAUCGUGGUGUCCUGGAUCAUCUCCGGUGCCCAGCUGGCCAUCAGCAACAAACAGCUCGCGUACCCACCAAAGUCGACCAGCGUCGAAAGUUGCUACGAGUACGGAUUCAACGUGACCGCGGAUGACUUCCCUACCUUCCAUGCGCCACAGGACGACGCAGAGUUUUCCAUCUACAACAUCUCUUUCGUUUGGUACUCGACCGUUGGCACGUUGAUAGUGUUCCUGGUUGGCAUUCCGGUCAGCUACUUGACGGGAUCACAGGAUAUGCGUAACUUUAAGGCGAAACUGAUCGCUCCCCUUGCACAGUGGAUGCUUCCGGAGGAGGUGCGCCAGAACGAUUUCUCACUGAAGGAAGUUAACCGAACAUCGGACCCAACGACGGUGAAAGAAUGGACGUUCACCGUCAACGAAACUCAGAAAUAUAAGGAGCGCAAUGGUGCGAUCGAACAGACACUUUAAGUAGGGGAUGUGCUACUUAACACUAAGAAAGACGUAUAACUGUAGCGUCCAGCGAGCGUGGGUGUGAGGACCAAACCAUGAAGGCCACAUCUAGCGUCGCGCGAUGUGUACCUGCACGCCACCGUUCCUCUCAUUGCUUCCAAGUAUUAAUGUAGUAAAUGUAUGUUUAUUUUCAAAGAUCUUUAUAAUGUUCUUGCAUGUUUGUAGUGUAAAAUAAAAAAGAAACCAAAUUGAA